AUGAAAGGAUACAGCCUCUAUGACAGAACGGACCAAGACUGUGGCUUCGGUAGGAUUUACAACAAAGAUUCAGUAAGUAAAAUAACAUAGGUGCACUACGAAUAGAUUAGUAGCCCUCUAAAUACAAACUUUUAAACCACAUAUUCAAAAAUACUGACCAUGGUCUUUACGGUACCGUUAUGUAGGACGAGUGCACAUUAGACAAGUUCCUAUUGACAUGUGGUGUUAUUGCUGCCGUGUUACUGUUCGUCAUCUUGCCUGCGGCCAUAGGGCUAGUUGUGUACUGUAUCAAAUACAUCUGCCAACCAAAAUGGGCAACUGGUACAAAAUCUACUAAUAAGACUUCAGACGAACGCACUCCACGGUCGAUUUACUCAAGGAAGAAGCAGGAGGUGAACAAAGUGAGUGCAAUAUUAAUAUAGAUACCUUUACUUCUUCAUCGACCUUUACAUAGAUCUACAUUACUAUUAUUAUAGUAAAAAUGAUCUAAUUAUAUCAUAAAAUAAAUCACCAAUCCAUUACAGUACCUCAAGAAGCAACACCAAAAGAGUGGCAAAGUCUACAACGAGAAAACUCUACCAGUUCGGAAAGGCGGGUUCGUCAAAGCCACUUCCAAAAGCAAGUCUGAUUAUGAAGAAGAAAGUGAAUGA